AUGUAUCUAUCUGACCAUGACGGCGCCGAACAAGCAGCGUUAGCACUCACGAAUCAUAUAAUCUCACGUAUCAACGCAUUCAAACCUACUCAAAUGAAAAAAUUCGUUCUUUGUUUACCAACUGGCAGUACGCCUUUACCAGUAUACGAGGAACUGGUGAGAAGAUUCAAGCUUGGUGAUGUAAGCUUCGAGCAUGUCAUCACUUUCAAUUUGGACGAGUACGUUGGGUUGAAGCCAUGUCAUAAACAAAGUUAUGCGUAUUUCAUGGAAGAGAAUCUCGACAUCCCAUCCAGUCAAACACAUCUCUUACCUUCUUCACCCAUUGAUCCACAUAAAACUCACCAAGAUUCCUGUGCAGCCUACGAGAGUCUCAUUACUUCUCUAGGUGGGAUCCAUCUUUUGUUUUUGGGGAUCGGCGAGAAUGGUCAUGUGGCUUUCAACGAACCCGCAUCUAGUAUGUCUUCUAGGACGAGGAUGGUGAAACUUGAUCAAGGCACUAGGGAGAUUAACGCCCGAUUCUUCGGCAAAGAACAAGUACCUACUCAUGCGUUGACCAUGGGAAUCGCGAAUAUCCUUGAAGCACAAGAGAUAAUCGUCCUAGCUACAGGUGAGAGAAAGUCAAAUGCGUUGAAAGAAGCUUUGGAAGGCGGUAUCAACCAUCUUUGUCCUGCAUCCGUUCUACAGAUGCAUGAGAAAGUGUCCAUCUACACUGAUAAUACAGCAAUUAAAGGUUUGAAAGAGAGUACGAUAAACUACCUCAAGAGUCAAGACCCUUCUUCGAGUACCCCGAGAUUGAAGGACACAACCGACAAAAACAAAAGACCUUUUCAAGGUCGUGGCUUGUUGAGAGGAACGUCAUUCAGCUGGGUUUCGUCUCCGUCAACACCGAUAGAAGAGGAUAAACCUCUAUUUUGGUCAAGACCUCCUUCUCCUUCUAAAUCACUGGCCGUCGACGUGAAGGUCGAAAUGAUCGUUGGACAAGGUAUCCACUCGCCUCUUAAUUCUCCACACGAUGAUCAGCAGCAAGUAAAAAUCCCGGACAAGGAGCAAAAGACUGGGAUCAAACCCCAGACUUUGCUGGCUAAAGAUGUAAACAGUUUGGAUCAGGAAGAAACACAGAAAGAAGCAGAUGAUCAAGGUCCUAGCGUGUAG